AUGAGCAUCCUGACAACAGCUUCGCCUCCUGCAGACUCAGAUUGGCUCUCUCUCUUCCUCCGGGACAUCGACACGGCCUUUCCCCCUUCAGCUCAGGAUCUUCUUUUCCUCAUGGACCCUAACGCAGAUCCUUUCUUCACCGAUCCCGACUCCCUUCCGUCACCUAGGCAGCACGACAUCUCAGACGAAACCAGCAGCUUGCUCUCUCUGCCCCCGUCGCCAAGUCAGCUCCAGUUUGCCUCCCCUUCCCCUCAGCCAACGUCCCAGCAAGUCACUGGUGUCCGGUCGCCAAGCAAGGACUCAGACUCAGAGCAGGGCAUCCUAAGAAGAGUCUGGAGCAGCGAGGAGCAAGCGAAGUUCAUCGAACUUCUGUCCAGGUACUGCCCAGCAGACUCUAGGCCGGUCCAUGCCGGGGGGGUGUUGUUUGGUGGGCUUGGACCAGGGGUUGCCAAACGGAUCGCACAGGCUCUUGGAACGCGGUCGCCGGCGCAGGUUCGGUCGCAUGCGCAGAAGCACUUCCAGUCGAUGAGCAGGAGGAUGGCGAGAGAGCCGGGAGCAAGGCUCCUUCACAUCUGA